GGGCUCAGUUGAUGAUCAACGUUUGCGAGUGAUACCCAAACAAAGUUUUCAACAUGUUUCAGUGGCUAGUGUUGACUCUCAUCGGACUGAUCUCCCUGGUAUAUAUAUUUCUCGUAUGGAAUUUCGGACAUUGGAGGCGUCGCGGCAUUCGGGAGCCGAAGGCGUUGCCGCUGCUCGGCUCCUUUCCGAACAUCGUGUGGCCUCGUCAGCAUUUUACAAACGAUAUGCGGGAUAUCUAUAUGAAAUAUCGUGAGACAGACAGUUAUGUGGGAACAUUUCUGCUGCGAACUCCAAAGUUACUUUUGCUGGAGCCGAAGCUGAUCAACGAAGUGUUCGUGUCGGCGUUUCGUCACUUUGAGAAUAACGAUGCAUCGCGUAUGAUUGACACCAGAAAGGAUAAGCUUGUCGCUUGCAAUCCCUUUGUGCUCGAUGGCGACGAGUGGCGUCGACAGCGUGGCAUCUUCUCACCACUGUUGACCAGCGGGCGUAUACGUAAUGCCUAUUGCAACAUGCAACGCAUCUGUGGCAAACUCUGCGAUUACAUUGAACGUAUGUCGAGUAGCAAUCAGCCCCAAAAUGGCAUGGACCUGGGAUUGCGCUUUACCAGCGACAAUCUCUUCGAUUGCGUGUUGGGCAUUGAAGCACGAAGCUUUACCGAGACGCCAUUGCCAGUGGCGAAGCACAACAAGGAGAUGUCGGAGGAUAAUCGGGGACUAGCCCUAGCGGGUGCUCUGAAUGGUCUGUUUCCUCAACUGCCGCGUUGGCUGCGUCCCAAGGUCAUACCCAAGUCCUACGAUCAAUUCUUUGGCCAAUUGGUGCACGAGGCCUUUCGUUUGAGACGUGAGCAGCGACAGGAACGCAAUGAUUUCAUCAAUCAUCUGCUGGACAUGCAGCAGGAGCAUCAACUGAGUGAAUCGCAGCUUCUCUCACAUGCCAUGACCUUUAUGUUCGAUGGCCUGGACACCACAUCCUCAACCAUUGCCCACUGUCUGCUGUUGCUGGCUCGCAAUCCCGACUGCCAGCAGCAGUUGUGGCAAGAGCUUGACCAAGCCAGUUCCAGGGAUCAAUUGUUGCCUGACUUUGAUGUCCUUAGUGAGUUGCCCUAUUUAGGUGCUUGUUUGAAUGAGAGUCUUCGCAUUUAUCCAGCUGGAGGUUGGGCCUCCAAGACUUGCACCUCACCCUACACAUUCCACGGCAGUCUUCACAGCAAAGCCUUGCAAAUGUAUCCGGGCGAUAAUGUGAUGAUACCAAUAUAUGGACUGCACCAUGAUCCCAAUUUUUAUCCCGAACCGCAAGUGUUUAAGCCCGAACGCUUUCUCAAUGGCGGCUUAAAGAGAUACCAACAAAUGGGCGUCUUUCUGGGCUUUGGCAAUGGACCACGCCAAUGUGUGGGCAUCCGUUUGGGUCUAAUCCAAACCAAGGCGGCAAUAGCUGCGAUUGUGAAGCGUUAUGAGGUGCAUGUGAAUGGCCGUACACUCGAGGGCAUUCAACUAGAUCCGUUUAUUUUUGUGGGCGCACACAAAGGCGGCAUUUGGUUGGAUUUCAAAAGAAGAUGAUGUAAAUUUGGUAACUUAUGCGAGUUCCGAAUGUUUUUGCUAGAAUUGCUAGACAAAAAAAAAAUUUAAUAUAUUUUAAAGAAAACAUAAUCAAAAAAAAAGAAUUAGUUGAAAGAACUUGGAAAUUUAAACAAGAAAAUUAUGCAGAGUACCAGAAUUCCAAUGAAUGUAGAUCAGAUAAAAAAACGACUUAAGUCAUGGAUCAGUACAAAA